AUGUCGCUCGCUCAGACACCAGGUCAUGGUCCUGGAAGGUCGGUCGCAAGGGUCUACCACGACGCCAAUGAGAGGUUUGGCAGGAACUGGUGGGACUACGACAAUCUAGCCGUGCAAUGGGGUACGCAAGACAACUACGAGAUUCUUCGCAAGGUCGGUCGCGGCAAAUACUCGGAAGUCUUUGAAGGAGUCAACGUAGCUGCCCUUCCCACAUUCGCAUCUCAGUCCAACCAGCAACCCGGAGGAACAAGUGUCAUCGCGCCCAGCGUAGGGGACAAGUGUAUCAUCAAAGUACUGAAACCAGUCAAGAAGAAGAAGAUCAAGAGGGAGAUCAAAAUUUUGCAGAACCUGGCCGGAGGACCCAACGUUGUGGGCUUGCUGGACGUUGUGAGGGACCCUCAGUCGAAAACGCCUUCCAUUAUCACCGAGUAUGUCAACAAUACCGACUUCAAGAUCCUAUACCCCAAGUUCACAGACUACGAUGUGAGGUACUACAUCCACGAGUUGCUCAAGGCGCUAGACUUCUGUCACUCGAGGGGAAUCAUGCAUCGAGACGUCAAGCCCCACAACGUGAUGAUCGAUCACGAGAAGAGAAAGCUGCGCUUGAUCGAUUGGGGAUUGGCAGAGUUCUACCACCCUUCGACAGAGUACAACGUCCGAGUCGCCUCUCGUUAUUUCAAGGGACCCGAGCUGCUGGUAGACUUCCAAGAGUACGACUACUCGCUGGACUUGUGGAGUCUGGGAUGCAUGUUUGCCAGUAUGAUCUUCCGUAAGGAGCCCUUCUUCCACGGUCACGACAAUUACGACCAAUUGGUCAAGAUCUGCAAGGUCCUUGGUACAGACGAGCUGUACGUCUACUUGGAGAAGUACGACAUCGAGCUUGACCCGCAGUACGACGAUAUCCUUGGCCGCUACCAACGCAAGCCGUGGAACCGCUUUGUCACCAGUGAGAACUCAAGGUUCGUCAGCAACGAGGCGAUUGACUUCUUGGACAAGCUGCUCAGGUACGAUCAUCAGGAGAGGUUGACGGCAAAGGAGGCUAUGGCACAUGGCUACUUUGACCCUGUGAGGGAGGAGGUGGAAAGGGCGGGCAAGGCUGGAGGACCUGGAGCGGGUCUGUCCAGCUCGAGCGCAGCUGGAGCUGCUCUGACCGGCAAGGGAUCUAGCAAGGCAGACUAG